CACAGAUGACUCUAGAAGAGGUUUAUGACAACUCCACAACAAUAUAGUCUCGAAAGAGACAGAGAUACAGCAUUGUGAAAAAUAUUAAGAGUGAAUUUUGAAAAUGGAAGUAUCUGGAAAACUGCUGUCAUCAAGACUGCUUUCCCUGCUUAUGAAUGGACAAUGGGAAAAAGAUGAUGUUGUUAAGUUGUUUGAAGCCCUCGUGAAAGAAUUUAAUGGCAGAAAUGAAGAUUUUCACACAUGGAUGAUGAAACUCCUUCAUCAAGUGGAGAUUCAUAAAAUCGUGGCAGAACUGAUAUUCCAAAAUGACAAUACGAUUGUGGAUAAUAUUGAAGCCAAAAUUAAUAAAAUAGCCAAAAACACUGAGGAGAAAACACUGGAUGAAAUUUUGGAGGAAAUCUGUGUUCAAGCAGUUAUUGAUAAACAAACAAUGGCAGAAGUGAGAGAUAUUGUGUUAUCUGUGUUCAAAUGUCUGUCAGAUUCUACAGCUCCACAUCUACAAGGAAUAAAGCAAAGUUUGUUUAAGCUCUGUAAAGCUGUAGAAAAGACAAUGAAGAUAACACCUCGAGUGACUCAGAUGGUGAGCUGGUGCAUUCUUGUUCUUUCUAAAUCAAGUCGGUUGGUUCAGGUUGGAACAGGAGAAGGAAAGUCGUGUAUCGUGGCAAUGUUUGCUGCAUAUCAGGCCAUGAUGGGAAAAACCCCAGAUAUCAUCUCCAGUUCUCCUGUACUCGCUGAAAGAGACGCUAAAGAAUGGACCACGUUUUAUAAUGAAUUGAAUAUAACAGUUGAUGCGAACUCCAAUAAAUCAAAAGACACUGAGCUGAAGAAGUGCUAUGAAUGUCAGGUGGUCUACGGUACGACUCAGGAUUUUGCAGGUAAUUUUCUGAGACAGCGCUUCCACAGAAGAGAUGUGAGACCUAAGAGAGAGUUUCAGUGUGUUAUAGUGGAUGAGGUGGACUCGCUAAUGUUGGAUAAAGGUCUUGAAGUGGUCUACUUGAAUAGUAAUAUACCUCUCAUGGAAUCUCUCAAUGGAAUACUGGCUGAAAUUUGGUUGAUCAUCAAUCAGCUAAAGCGUUUAGAGACUGGAGAGAUUUUAGGUCCCAUUCAGCUCUUCUCUAAGGUUCUGUCUGAAAUCAUAAAUGAAAAUAAAAACAUUGAUCCACACAGUAUUGUGCAGAUUGCUGGAGAUGCAGCAAAACAACUCGAUAAUGCAAGUGUUGCCCAAACAGAAGCAUUUUUAACCAUGUUUGUGGAAAACUUCCCUGAGUAUUUCUUUAAACUUUACCAGGAAGGGCCUGAUGGGAAUUUACAGAAACUGAAUAAGAUCAGUUCUACAGAUACAAAUAAGAGACAAGAAAAAUCAGUUCUUCUCCUGGGAAAUGGAAAAUGUCGUUUAGUGCACUAUGAUGAGGACUCACUAGUUAAAUCAUUGGGUAAAAUAAUUAAAAAGAGUUUUCAGUCUGAAUCAAAUAGGGAUCAAAAUGAAUCUUGUAUCCCAGGACAUCAAGAUCUCAUCACUGGCAAAGUGCAAAUCUGGAUUGAAAAUGCUCUGCAAGCCACCAAAAUGACUCUGGGCCACGAAUACAUCCUUCAUGGAGAUGGAGUCGCUCCAGUCGAUUACAAAUGCACUGGUGUUGUGCAGAACAACAUGAAAUGGGGAGAAGGACUUCAGCAGUUCCUGGAGAUGAAACACCAAACUAAACUGUCCAACAUGAGUCUCAUCACAAACUUCAUGUCUAAUGUGGGUUUAUUCAAGAAAUACAAAAACAAUGUAUAUGGGAUCACAGGAACUUUAGGAGACCCAACAGAGCUUGACAUGCUGAAGAAGCUCUACGAUGGCAUUGACACCUGUAAAAUUCCCUCAUUUAGACGAAGGAAACUUUAUGAGCUGGAAGGCAGGGUGAUAUCAGAAGAGGACGAGUGGAUCAGGACCGUCUGUAAUGUUGUUCAGGAUCAAGUGACUUCUACAGUCUAUCGAGGUCCACGAGCAGCUCUCGUCAUCUGUGAAACAAUCAAUCGUGCAGAAAUGCUUCAUAAGACCCUUGCAGACACCAUCUCAAAACACAAACUAAAGCUCUAUGUGAAUAAUAAUAUGGAUAACUCUACAAUAAUAGGUGCAACAGUGCAAGCAGGGGACGUCAUCAUUGCAACUAAUCUAGCAGGUCGAGGUACAGAUCUAAAGGUUUCUGAGAGUGUAAAUGAGGCAGGAGGACUGUUUGUCGUUCAAACCUUCUUACCUCUGAACAUCCGCGUUGAACAACAAGCCUUCGGACGAACGGCUCGCCAAGGGAGUCCAGGAUCUGCUCAACUCAUCAUGUGCAGCAGUCAUUUCUCUGACUCUGUCAAACUAGUGAUGGGCGUAAACACAUCUCUAACCAGCUUACUCAGCCGUCUGAACCAGCUUACAGCUACACUGAUGUUAUGUGGUUCCAUUGAGAGUGUAUUUGAGGAAACAGUUAAUUGUUACAUGGGGAAUCACAGCUCUAAAAAUCUUAAAAAAAUGGUCUCUGCUCUUACAGGCUUCUUAACAAGGAAAUCAAUCCCAUUGAUGGAAAGCAAUCUGAAAAAGGCAAAAGAUGCCAGAAACACUGUGGUGAAGAUCAGACUCUCAAGUUUUCUUGAAAAGGACAUUCCAAAAAUCACAAAAGAGGAAGAGCUUUUUUCUCUUUACCUUGAUGUUUUGGACAAUGUUUAUGAAGAUGAUGUUUUCUCCGACCAGCGUGAUGUAAUUGUGCCCUGUCUCCAUGAGUGCUGGGGUUUGUGGCUCCUGAUGAACUUCAGUGAGGAAAAAUCUAUUGAGAUGUUGAAGGAACAGCUGAAGGUGGACUUGUUGAAUGCAAAGCAGAAACUUUUGAGCAAACAGUCUCCAUCCUCCAUGGUCUACUAUUACAUCAGGUCCGGAAACAAUCUGCGUGAGAAGGGACGCCUUGUGGAGAGCAUUGAGAUGUACAGCAAAGCUCUGGAGGAUGGUGUUUGCUGGGAGGUUAUUCCUCUCUAUAAUCGUGCACUGGCCACUAUUAUGAAGAAAGAUGCUGGCUAUGUUGCUCAAGCACUGGCUGACCUGGAAAAGGCAAACAUGGGAAUAGAUCUGUAUAAGAUACGUCUAGCACUGAUUCUUUUUCAUGUGAAAAUUUCAACCCAAGAGUCGAUAACAGAAGGUGAUUCUUUGCUUAUAAAACAGUUCCAAAUUAAGUGUUUGGUUGUAAACAUAAUCAAGAUGAGCAUUCAAGAUUCUGUAAUGAAGCUGAAGAGGGCUGAAAGCAGAGGAGGAAAUGUGAGCCUGACUGAAACACUUAAUCGUUCUUCAGCAGAAGAACAAGACUUUAAUACAAGAUUUCUGGAAGAGCUGGUAAUGGAAUACUCACAUGUUAGAUCAUUGGGUCUUGACAACAUUUUCUUUUUGGAUGUAAUAUUUUCUUUCAGUGGCUUUUGGUCAAAGAUGUUAAAACUGUCUUGAAAUGUGACACUCUUCUCACAGAUAUCUUUAUGUGCUGUUAGAUGUCAUCACUAAUGUUAACAAUCUAAUGUGUAAAUACAGUAUCUCAAUAAUUAUUCUAAUUCACAUUUAUCAGCUCUGACAUGAAAACUCUGGAAGCACAUUUGUAAGUCCAGAUCAUCAAAAGAGGAGAAAACAGCAAAGCAUGCAGUGUAUUAAAAAUGUAGAAAAUUUUGUCUGCAGUUUAUCUUUUUCAGUUUCAAAGGCAUUUUAUUCAGUUUCACGUAACAUUUUCAUUAGUUUCUUGAAAUGUUACAUUCAAUAUAUUUUGGCACAAAUCUAAUUUGAUAGAAAUGUAGGUGAGGGGAGUGAAUGAACAGCACUCUCUGAAGUGUCCUUGAGCAAUGCAUCUAACCCCCAAUUGCUCCACAGCAAAAAUGGCUUCCCACUGCUCCGGGUGUGUGUUCACUGUGUGUGUGUGUGUGUGUGUGUGUGUGCACUUGGGUGAAAUGCAGAGCACGAAUUCUGAGUAUGGGACACCAUACUUGGCCACAGUCACGACACUUUCACUUUAUUUUAGGUACUUUUCAAAACAUAAAAUUUUGAAAUGUUUAUACCUACGCAAAUUGACUUGACAACAACAAAUUAAGCAAACAAAAUAGAUUUUGGGGAAUGAAAACAAGCAGUAUUUUUUUUUUUUUUUUUACAAACAUUUUUAAUUUGUAUAUGGUGUCAAAAAUGUCAUUCACAAGGUCACGUGGUGAAGGUACACUCAGAUUUGAAAACUUAUUUUAAUGUGUCUAAAAUGCAAAAUAAUAGUUAAAAAUAGUUAAAAGUUUAAAAGUUGUAAUUUCUUUAUACAGUAUAAACAACUUGUGAAAAUGAAAACAUUAAAUUCAAUAAUAAAUGUUAAAAAUAUUUGUUAAAUGCAGUUUUAUUUAUCUUAUAUUUUUGUUUUAUUUUUGUAAUCUGCUUUUGUAAAGUCAUACUUUGAUUUGUGUGUAAAGUUUUGAAAAACAGAGGCAAAUGUGAUACACCCAUGUGUAAUCACAAGGUAAUGUUUCUUUUGGUAGUAAUAUUUAUUUAUUUAUGCAUUUAUUUAAUUAUUUCUGUAUUUAUUUCUUUAUUUAUAUGACAAAAAGAGUUCAUUGUACACUGAGUCAUUAAUUAUCACUACUAAAGACAGGUUUUAAAAGAAAAUGCAACUGUUGCCACUAGAGGGAGUCCAUUGUAGGUUGCUAUGGUGAUGCACAUUGUGUACAGACAGACACUGCAAGCUGCGUUUGAGGAAAGCCACUGAUGUUUUCUUGCAUUAAUUUAUCCUGAUAAAUCAGGUAUAUAUUCAAAAAAAAAAAAAAGAAAAAAGAAAAUAUGUGCCAUUGGUAAUUUAUAAGACAUGUCAGUUCACAUUUCCUAUUCGUGUUUAAACCGAAUAACUUGUUCGUGUUAAAAGUUAGAUGUCAGGAUGAAAGUAAUUACAGGGUAAAACGGUUGAUUGUUGUGAUUGUGGUCAAUUCACAUGUAAAUAAUACAUUUUAUUUCAGUAUGCGCUAAUUUACCAAUAUAAAAAUUACUCAGAAAGUGUAUUUGUAUAUUUGUUCAGACUUAGUGUAUAUGUGUUAUGAGAGUGACGGUAAUCAUUUUGUACAGUAAAACAGUUUCAUUUUAAAAGAUACUAAUAUAACAGUUAAGACAACUGAUGUGUGAAUAGUGUGUAUUUUG